AUGCCUUUAUCGUGCAGGACGAAUACGCGUCGACAUCUCGGGACCGUCUCUGCUUGUUUCUUACUAUAUUUCUUCGUCGCGGCGGUCGAUGGUGUCCCGCAGAGGACGUCGCGGGGCCCCAUCGCCGAGGUCGACCCCGACGCGAUUAUUCUCAGAACACGGGGUCAGCAGCAAACUCCAAACAACCACGAAUUUACGUCGACGACGAACUCGUCGACGACAGACACAUAUGACCCUUCGUAUUCGCUGAACAAUUUGGAUGAUGAUUUCCUUCUCUUCUGGAAUUUAAGCAGCGUCGACGAAAGCGAAGACGAUGCGACGACGACCAGGGAGGUUCCUUCGGAUGAUGAAGGAACCAACCUGGAGGAAUUAGUUCUCAGGUUAGAGGAAGAAGCAAGACUUGAUGAGAUGGAAAUGGAGGGAGAGGUAGUGAGGCAAGCGUUGGAAGCAAGGAGAUCGAGGCCGUCAUCUAGACUAGCACAACCAAAACGGAAAAAGCCGAAGAGACGGAAAGACUUACGGAGCGAGUAUACACCACUGAGUAACAGACACAAGAAACGUCUGCUUGAUAUUCAUAACUCAUACAGGAGAAAGGUCCCAGGACCAGCGUCUAAUAUGGAUGAGAUGAUUUGGGAUGACGAGUUAACUCUAAUGGCGAAGAAGUACGCCAAGAAGUGCAUAUGGGCCCACGGGCAGACAAUCGAAUCCAAACAAUUCAAACAUGUCGGGCAAAACUUAGCCUAUGGGAAAAACCCACGUGGGAUCAACAUGUCGCCGUUUUACCUCGCUUCUCUAUGGCACUAUGAGAAAAAGAACUACGAUAUUGCAACGGAUACGUGCGAACCGAACACACUCUGUGGACAUUAUACACAAAUGAUUUGGUCAGACACCAAUCGAGUAGGUUGUGCCACUCAUUUUUGUGAUGAGAUGAAUAUACCUGGUAGUACUAUGAUCAUACGAGAUGCUCUUUAUCUAGUUUGCAACUACGGACCUGGCGGCAAUAUUCAUGGUAAAAAGCCUUAUGACAUCGGGAGACCGUGUACACAAUGUGCUUCCGGUUCAGGGAAAUGCAGAGAAGGAUUAUGCAGAAUACCUGGAGAUCUCACCCUCUCCCUCUGA